AUGCAAACGUCGCUUUUGUGAGAGAAAGAAAAACAAGCACUUGAGCCGUGGUGUUUUAAAAUUGAAAAAAUAUCCCAGUAAAAGUGUAAGUUUCAUAUUGAAAAUGUUACCAAUGUGUCGGGAAAAGUGCCCUGUAAACUUUGCGCUAGUUGAACUCAGCUUUUGUGCCUGAAAAAUCUGGAAAAAGUGUGAUUAAAAAGUGAUUCUAUUAUCAGUGUUCUACAUUGCACAUACAUUAGCGGGGUUUACCUAAGGAAAACGGCAUACAAUGGAAAAAAUGGAAGUUGACGAUACUGUGGUAGAUCUAAGCGUUGCUUCCGGUCGUGACUCUCUCACUAUAACUCCAGCUACUGCUCGCGAUUUGCGUGCGCUUACGCAAAAUUCUGGUUUAACCAUCACUCCCGCAUUACCUCCCGCUACUUCGUCUUCGUCGGUAUCCGGUAGCACAUCGCCAAUUCCGGGACGGCGUGUGUUACGACCUCGCACCGAACCAAAAUCAUAUGCCGAGGUCCCGGACAUUGUACUUCUGCCUGCUAAAGUGAACGGCCGUUCCUAUAAUGGUGCAGCCGCAACCGCUUUAUCCGAAUCGGAGGAUGACGAAAUGCCACCGGUAUUUCCAAUCAAAGAGCUUACGGCUGCUGAAAUUUGGGAGCGGGAACGGGGGUUGCGUAAACUUCGGGAGGAACUGCGCAGCGAAGAAACUAAGUUGGUGCUACUGAAAAAGCUAAAGCAAUCUCAACAGGUUAUGAUGAAGGAAAAUUUAAUCGUAACGCCCAGCAAUCCCAACAUGAACAAUCCAUUGGCUUCAAUUCCGGCUUCUUUAACUAAAGGAUCGCUCAGUGUAACACCUACAAAUGCAGUUCCUUUGCCGGCCCAUUCAAAAUCAUCUAAAGCUGUUACGGCUGCUCCUGUGAAUCGCGGCUCACCUAUUAAUAUUACUCCGGUAACAAAACCACCCCAACGACAGCCGUCGCUACCGGGAGGCGCUACAUUGACGCCAAGCACUCCAGGUCAACGUCAUGCGAUUGGACUGUCCCGAGCAGGGUCCAACCUCACCAUAACACCAUCGGUCACGAUAACUCCAACAAAUGCCCCUUCCAAUAGCAUGAAGCAGCGUAAUCAGCUGUCUGGUAACAGCAAUGUCAGCUGCAAUAACCUAAUGGAUACUAAUUUGAAGGUACAGUCUGGUCAGAUCAGCAAUUCAGUAUCUAUCACACCAGCACCACCGAUUCCUGCACAAAUCAGUUGCACAACUGUGGAACCGAUCUCUUUAAAACGAGAUCGUGAGUCUAAUAGGGAUGAUCAUCAGACACAAGCCCAACGACAGGCUGCGGCAAAACUAGCUCUUAGAAAGCAGCUGGAGAAGACUUUGCUUCAGAUUCCACCCCCGAAACCUCCACCACCGGAGAUGCACUUUAUACCGAACCCAAGCAAUACUGAGUUUGUGUACUUACUUGGAUUAGAAUAUGUGGUGGAUUAUUUGACAAAGGACAAGAAGCAAGGCCCUCCGCAGCAGCCGUAUCGUUGUGCCCAGUGCAAAAUUGAUUUCACCCCAGUCUGGAAAUGGGACAAACAGGGUAAACGAGGAAAUCCCACAUUUCAGAACAGUCCAGGUGGAAAAGAUCUCAAAGUUAUCUGUGAACAAUGUGUUACAAGCAACGUUAAAAAAGCUCUUAAAGCAGAGCAUACGAACCGUCUGAAAACUGCUUUUGUGAAAGCACUUCAGCAGGAACAGGAAAUAGAGGCCAGAUUAGCUACUCAAAGCAGUCCAUCCCCUGUGGAUAUUCGACCUACACCGUCUUCAACGCCAAAUCUUCGCGAGCAACGGGAAAUGUUACUUGAGCAACAACAGCAACAAGAACGACAGCAAGCUCAAGAGAGGCAACAACAACGCGAACGUGAGUUGCAACAGCAACAAGAAAGACAAGCCGCUGUGCAGGCUCAACGCCAAAAAGAGCAGCAGGAACAGCUUCGGCAACAGCAAUUACAACAACUGCAGCAGCAACAGCUUCAGCAACAGAUUCAACAACAACAAUUACAACAGUUGCAACAACAACAACAGCAACAACAGCAAGAGCAACAACAACGUCACCAUCAGUUGCAGCAGCAACAUGCCCAUCUUCAGCAGCAGCCAUCGAAAUCGAAGACACCGACACCAACUCCUAGACCAACGCCAACUCCGCCAAGUCAGCAGACUCCCCCGCCGGCUUCAAGCUCACGAUCUAGCCGACAUAGUGCUACGGCGAAUGCCGCUGCUGAAGCGGCAGCAGCACAACUUACUGCGCUCGCCGGGCUCAGUGGUCUUGGCCAGCUUGGAGCUCUCGGAAAUCUGGGAAGUUUAGGCAAUACAACAGCCGCGGCGGCUGCGAUGCAAGCUUUCCAACAGCAGCUAUUCAGAGGAAUACAACAAGGACUUUCAACAGGCAAUCUGAAUAACCUGCAGCACAUGAUGCAGUUCUCACCACUAUUGUAUUCAUAUCAACUGGCGAUGGCUCAAGCCGCAGCUUUAUCGGCAGCGGGCAGUAAAAGUGGUAAUAGUGGAAGUGGUGGUGGAAAUAGUAAUGCGAGCGCAGCAGCCGCUGCAGCCUCCCUAGUGGAUAUGCAACGUGCGAUGGAAAUUCAGCGCCAAUACUUAGAAAUGUUGCCGCAGAAUGGACCAGGGUCGAGCAGCAACCGUCAGACGAACUGGAAGUCCUAAAAAGCGCACAUUUGCCACGAAGCAAAGAGGGGCUGAAUCAUACGGAAGCGACUGAGCAACAAACGCUCGAGCUGUGCUCCGUUAUUAUUAUAAAUGACAGCUUAUUCAAACUAUGGUGCGUAACACUUCUUUAUUAUAUACCUACAUUUUUUAGUUAUAUUUCAGUGCUUUAUUAUCGCGAGUAGGCAUAGCAGUUGUUUUGUUUUGUAAUGAAUUUUGAUACUGGUGGUAAUUUAUAUUCAGUCAAUUAUAGCCUCUUGCCCAUUUAGAUUCAUCUAUGCUUGGUUCAGACGAUAAAGAAAAACAAUCAAUUAAGAACAUAGCAAUCAUAUUUAGCUCUUAGCCCCCAACGUUGGUUUCGUCUGUUAUUUAAAAAUUCCAAACUUACUUCCUUUACUGAAGAGUAGCUUGGUUAAUAAAAAAAAUUAAUUUCAAUUGAAUUCAGUGCAGAACAUAACCAGCGCGUUAUAGUAGCUGCUAUGAUUUGUUUCAAAUUGACCUUGUAACUCAACUUACUUCGAUAUAUGAAAAACUAUGACGAUAAUUUGGAAAUACGACGUCUGGCAUGUUGGACCAGUAUCGCGAAGCGAUACGAACUGGGCUAAUGUUUUCAAGAUUAGAUAAACUGAAAGUGUGGAAGCCCAUUGACCCAACCAUAGUAACGAUGAAAGAACACUAUUAGUGUAAGUAGGAUUGCGACAGUAGGUUCUGUGCACCAAGAAUUGACGACGAGGUUUGCCUAGAAAUGAAACAUUUGUUGAAACGACGCAGCGGGCGUUUAUGACACGUUGCUCACAUUCGUAAAAAAGCAUCAUGAUUCGAUUUACAAAACAGAAAUUCUUUUCGUUAUUUUUUAUUAUUCAAAGUACAAAGUUGCGGUGUGAGUAAAACUUGCGUAAAAUUGAUGCGCAUAAUUCACUUGAAAAAUCUGAAUUUUCCAUAAUCAAAAUACUAUAAUUACAGUUUUAGUUGAAUGUUGGUUAAACAGGUGGAAUAAAAUGCAGUUGCGAAAAAAAAACUAUCGAAGUUUUUUGACGUAACUGUUUCAAAUUUCAUGUUAUCAUGUUAUAAGGUAGUGAUUUAGGGCUUGUUUUCCAACAGUAAACGUCUUAGUUGAGUUCAAUAUUAUAACAUUUAUUGUAAAUACCACGAAAACGAACGUCCCUAAUCGAGGAAAAAAGCAAUUUGGUGUGCUUUUGCAAAACUGCGAACUGAGAGACCAUGAACUUGAACGCGGAAUAUUCUAACUGAAUAUUAAGGGGCACAGUCUAACAUAAUAUCAUAUUAUUCUCAGUGUUCUUGGGCAUGGAUGUUUCAAGUUGAAUGCGAGCCAAACUUAAUUAUGAUUAAAAAUAAAAUUAAUGCGCAUCUGUUUGAAAACCGAAAACGCAUUCAACAGUAGUAAUGAAAUGCAUCAUCUUAAAUUACACGUAACGUUUGAAUAACUUUCUUAUAUCAAAACAAAGGAUAAAUAAAUGUGUGUUUUAUCGAGUCCGGAAAAGUCACCAUAACACAAAAGUUGGGCAAUACUCACGACAGCUUGAGUAUUAGGCAUCUUUUUUGGCGAAAACGUGAUAAUUACAGUUUUAUGUAAGUCUACGAAGAUUGACAAAAGUUUUGGAAUUGUAAGUGAGAAGAAAAAAAAAAACAAAUAAAAAUAAAGCGCGACUUUUUGGUCUGAAUCGUGAAAAUGGCGCAAAAGUUUAGGCAAUGUAACAAAAUUCUAAAUAUAGGAAGAAACCCGUAAGAUUAAGGAAGGAAACAGUUGUAGACAAAUUGUAACAUUUACAAGGCGAAACAAAUGUUGUGAACUAUAUUGUCUGAAAAUUUGAACGAAAAAUCUCAUUAAAUCAUAAUAGUUUAACUAAUUAGAGUGAAAUAAUCAGUUUUUAUUUUGGUUUGUUUUCGAAAAGUGACAGCACUGCUCAAUUCUGGUUCUUUCGAAUCAUACUAUUUUGUAUGGUUGAAAAAAGAAUUCAUACAUAUGUAUCUACCAUUUAGUUUGCCUUGCUAGUGCUCAUGCAGUAGAGAAACGACAUGUACGAUCACGUCUUGUCUUAUGGAGCUCAAUGGAAUGUUCGCCAAAAUUAAAUGUUUCCUUUUCAAAGAUCGAUUGAAAAGGUGGAAAAUAUAUUGUCUUAUUUCACUAAUUCACAUAAGGGAUUUGUGUUAUUGUAAUAUAUCCGAAUCACUAUAUACACAAAAAACUAAACCUUCAAGGAAAACCCUGGAGAACCGAUGGUAUCAAAA